AUGGCGAGUGCUGCCAUGGCUCAGCAACAGUUAUUGCGAGGAGUCAGAGGCAGGAUACCCCGCAACAACAUAUCUGCGAAGAGGAAUUGCAAUUGGGGGAUGAAUACGAGGAGAAGUGGGUUGGCUACGCUUGCUACUUUCAAGAUCCCCAAGGUCGCGAAUGAACCGAAUCAUCAUUAUGCAAAAGGCUCAGCCCAGCGCGAAGGUUUGAAUCGAGCGUUGGAAAGUCUUCAGAAGAAAUCACCACUGGAAGUGCCAAUUGUUGUUGGUGGUAAAGAGAUCAAAACAUCUCAAAUAUCGACACAACAGAACCCAGCGAACCACUCCUCUACAAUCGCGUCUUACUCUAAUGCCUCUCCCUCCGAUGUUUCUUCCGCGAUAGAAGCAGCGCUGGCCGCGAAGCCAGCAUGGGAAUCUCUUCCCUUUUCAGACCGCGCCGCCAUAUUUCUCAAGGCUGCAGACUUAAUCGCAGGGAAAUACCGAUACGACAUUAUGGCCACGACAAUGCUUGGACAAGGUAAAAACGCGUGGCAAGCAGAAAUUGAUUCUGCUGCCGAGUUGGUAGAUUUUCUACGAUUCAACGUUCAGUAUGCGGAGGAAUUAUAUGCUCAACAGCCCGCGCAUAACUCGCCUGGAGUAUGGAAUCGGGUAGAAUACCGACCCCUGGAGGGAUUCGUCUAUGCUGUUACGCCGUUCAACUUUACAGCCAUUGCUGGAAAUCUUCCUGGUGCGCCUGCGCUGAUGGGAAAUGUGGUUGUUUGGAAACCAUCAGAUUCAGCAAUCGCGUCAAAUUGGUUACUUUAUAAUAUUCUUUUGGAAGCUGGACUUCCCAAGAAUGUCAUCCAAUUUGUCCCUGGAAACCCAGAAGAGGUGACCAAAGUGGUUCUCGCACACAAAGAACUAGCAGCUCUGCAUUACACUGGAAGUACCGGCGUUUUCAGGAAGCUGUACGGUCAAAUCUCCAAUGGCAUUGCUGAUGGUAAGUAUAUUGGAUAUCCUAGAAUUGUAGGAGAGACUGGUGGAAAGAAUUUCCAUCUUGUUCACUCCUCCGCCGAUGUCGAAAACGCAGCAGUUCAGACCGUCCGUGGAGCCUUCGAAUAUCAAGGUCAGAAAUGUAGUGCGACAUCUCGAGCAUAUGUACCAAAAUCAAUCUGGCCACAAUUUAAAGAGAAAUUGGUAGCUGAAACCGAAGGCCUUUCCAUUGGAGGGCCUACCGACCACAAUAACUUCAUCGGUCCUGUAAUCCACGCCGGGUCUUUCAAAAAGCUCUCAGGCGUUAUUGACGCAGCUAAAGAAGACAAAGAACUCGAACUUAUUGCUGGAGGAAAACAUGAUAACUCCAAAGGUUUCUUCAUCCACCCAACCAUUUAUACGACCACCAACCCAAAUCACCACCUCCUCUCCACCGAACUUUUCGGUCCUAUUCUUACCAUCCACGUGUACGACGACACCACAUCUCCCAAGGAAGCUUUCGAGUCUGUCUGUAAACUCGUAGACUCCACAUCCGAGUACGGUCUCACCGGAUCCAUUUUCGCUUCCGACCGCAAUAUAAUUCGAUACGCUGAGGACGCGCUGAGAAACUCAGCUGGAAACUUUUACAUCAACUGUAAAUCCACGGGUGCGGUUGUGGGUCAGCAACCUUUCGGUGGUGCGAGAGCGAGCGGAACUAAUGAUAAAGCGGGAAGCAUUAAUAUUCUGGGGAGAUUUGUGUCGAUGAGGAGUGUUAAGGAGGAGUUUUCGUCGACCUACCAGGUUGAAUAUCCUAGUAACGAGGUUUAA